AUGCCUAAUUUCGUCAGGAUCGGCCCGCCAGUUCUCUGGGAAAUGGAUUUGAAGAUUGAUAUGAAAGGACCUCAUGCUGGCGGCGUAGAAGAAAGUGAAGGUUACAUCAACCCAUUAGGGUUUCAAAUGAAGAUUGGAACUUGUGGAGUACGAUUCCCGAGAAAUACUGUCGAAAAACCGACAUUUUUCCAAGUUCUCGCCACAAAUAAUCCAGAAAACGAGCCCGAAGAAUAUUUUGCUAUUACGCCUCGCAUUGCUUGUAAUCCUUCAACAGUAUUCAAUGCCCCUAUGGCCGUCAAACUCCCAACAUGGUGUGGCACAGAUUCCGGUGACGUAAUUGCCUCCAUCAUGUAUAAAGAUGAAGAAUCGGGGGGCCCUUGUAAUGUUUUGGAACAUAAAUUAUUAAGAGAUUACCGAAAGAAAAUCGCUUUUCAAUCUUUAUACCACACCUAUUUUUGGGUCGCUAUUGACGAAGCAUCUUUAGACAAUGUCUAUUUUAGUUCUCAUGUGUCAUUGUACCAUAACAAUUAUGGAAAUUUCAAAGCCGUUCUAUAUACCGGAGGAACGCCCGAUGUCAAUGCGGAAUUGGAAAAAGAGGGGUUUUCGCUGAUCGCAAUCGAUUUUGAAACCCAAAAAAUCUUUUUGAACGACAAGCUGAAAUUUCGCGUGUCGGGUGAUUCCAAAUUUGAGGGAUUUUUUCCCCUCGGAAAAGAUUUUGCGAAGAAGCGUAGAAGUGCUCUCGAAUUCAAAUUGUCGUCACCCUCACAUUCAAUCCGAAAGUUAAAAAUUAUUUUGCAAUUGUCUGAAGAUAACCCAAUAAAGGCGAAUCUCCUUUGGACAAAACAAGGACCGCAACUGCAGAUUUCUCAGGAGAUAGAAACAUCUCAGCAUGAUGCCCCGGAGACCGGAUACUCAGAUGUCUCAGCCUUAGAAGGACUAUCAUUUAAAAAUUCUAUUGAAAUGCAACUUGGCCAACAAGGAGGCCAAAUAUCACUCGACGGAAACACAAUUGUUUUUCCUCCCAGUGCAUUGGAACAAGAAACUAAGGUUACAUUAUCUGUGGACAUCGACUCUGAAAACUGGAACUCCGAAUACAUUUUCAUUUCGACAAUUCUCGGCUGUGAUUUAUCAGGUGCAGCGUUAAGCAAACCUGCUCUAGUCAAAAUAGAAACAUGGUGCACAGCAGAAGAAGAGGAUGUAUUAAUUUUGAAAAAAGAUGAUGAUAACUCGGAAUGGAAAGUCGAGAAAACUGCCAAACUGGGACCAUCUGGAUUCAUUACUUUUAAAACAAAGACGUUUUCUUUGUGGGGAAUAGUGAAAUCUGUUUCACGUAGAAUCUUCAAUAUAGAUUACAGGUUUAUUAAUUUGGUAUAUUGCAACGCCAGUGCUACUUUCAAUUCGGUUGUUUGCAGACAGAAUGAGACUAUUAUUAAUGCUGUUCGAGAAAGGCUGGAAUCUAAUACUUUCGAAAUGGUCAACGUCCUACCAUUUCAACCAAACUUUAAGAUACCCUCUUCGGCAGAAAUUGUGUCAAUUACUAUCAAGUGUAGCGAACCGGGGGAAUCAAAAUUUGAUAGCGGGGAUUCAACUCGAAAUCCUAUAAGUCUGGAUUACUCCGUUAACCAAGUACGUCAAAAAUAUUUUGAGAAAACUUUUGUUCUCACCCCAAAGCCCAAGGCUGAUUGUUUGCAUCUAAAAUUGAGAUACAAAGUAAUCGGAGUACGAGGCGAGAUCGACAACACUUUUAGAUUUGAUUGGACACGUGUGAAACAACAUCAAAAUCCAGAUUCGUCCAGAACCCAGAACCCAGGUCCGACAAAUACUGGGAACCAAUACAACUAUUAUACAGGCUGCGAUAUAGGUCAGCAACAAAUAAAUUUACAGCAAAAUUGAACCGACUUGUGCCGAGAUAUAUUGUAAUCGAAAUCUUUAUACGAACUUGACCGUACUUGAAAAAAACAGAUACUUUUGAAAUUUCUUGAGGACAUUUAAAAUACUCUCGUGCACUGGAUGUAAGACAAAUAAUAUACCAAAAGUUCUACACAGUAUGAAUAAUAUGACAUCACGAAAAAUCAAUUUAAAAAAUUCUCCAAAUGGAGGUUAGAGUUAGUCUUAAAUUUUGCUAGCGUGGAAUAUUUCAUUGAGGAAAUUGUCCAUGGGUGAAACUCUCGAUGAUAGAAUUUUCUGAGUAGAUUUUUUUCAAUGGGAUUUUCUCAUUGCCGUUUGAUGAAAGCCAAGCAAUACAAUUUCCAUUCGAUAAGAGGAACACCAGUUGAAGCAGACAUGGGCAAGGUACGGCCCGCAGGCUAAAUCCGGCCCGUUGGGUAUUUGGGUAAUUCAAUCUGGCCUGCCUGAUGCUGCCACAACCAACGUGAUACCAAAUUGUGAUGUUUGAGUUAAAAAAAGCUCAAGGAAUUUGUUGGGACUAUGCUGUUAAAUUUUGUUUUGGCGCGAGGCUUAUUGUUUUCCACUGUUGCUGUUGUAACACUGUGAAUAUAUAUUGUUCAAAAAUGUAAUAAUUUACGUUAUACUUACAUGGCCCGCCAGUCUAGGUGGGAAAAUUAUUUUUGCCCCUGGUACAAAAACCGUGCCCACCCCUGAGUUGAAGUAUAUCAAGUGUAUUUUACCUAUAACUUCUGAUCGACGAAACAAUUUGCUCUUUUCUGCCAUUUUGUAGAGUUGGAUACCAGACAUGUACGAAUUGUAAUCUGCGUCAUGCAGAAUUAAAUAUCGUUUUCCUAUUUUUCAUACAAUUUGAUUAGAAUGAGACCAGUCAACUAGAUGUGCAGGGUACCUCAAAACAGAACCCAAAAUUUUACUUUUACGAUCACGAAGAAAAUUUAUUUAACACUUGAAUAUCUGUUUGUGUAUAAUUGUACUCUUCAGUAUUCCAUUUGCGCAAAAGUUAAGAAUUUCUCUAAAAUAUGUUUAAAAUGACCUCGGUUCUGUUUCUGGGGGCCAUCCAGUAAAAGGGGAACGAUAAAAGAUUUGCAAGACCUACUUGCGCGAUAAGAGCUAUCGAAAUGUAUUAUUGCCACGAAACUCGCCAAAAUUUAAGUCAACUCUAUUAAAGAAACUGCUAGGUAGAAAAGAAUUUUCAGCAAAGCGGUAGUUGUUGAAAAUAGCACGUAAUAUUAUUGUAGCAAAAAAGCUGUUCAUCCUGACUGGGAAAAGAAAGAUUAUUCGUCAUUGGCAUUGCACUGUACAACAGAACAAAUUGCUCUUCUUAUAUUUCAUUGUCUGUAUUUCGAUAUGUUUUUACUGUUCUGUAUUUAUUGUACAUACUUAUCUUAAUAAAAUGUAAAUUGUUAGUUUCGAAAAUCCCCACAUUGGAAAGAGCUUUCAUUUCCCGUCCCAAGCUUUUAUUUCUGUAUUCAAUGAAGAACGUCGGUAUAAUGUCUUUAAACCGUAAAAGUUGCCAUUUGAAAGUGCUGACAGCUCAACUUUUGUCUAUUGCAGAGUUUUCGGGAUCCAUUUUCGAUUACUUUCAAAUCUUAAUUUUUCUACAAAAACAGAAGAGCCAUUGAGUUAUUUACUUUAAAUUUUGGAACAAAUAUCGAGCAAAACAAGCUGAUGUUUACUAUCA